GAUUCUUUCUCACCUGUAUCUUUCCCGAUUAAAGGGUGCGCUUGGAACUACAUUGUCCAAUAGCGGGAUGCACAACCCUUGUCUGUGAGUUUGAGAGCGAAGACACCCGGCUUCUCGAGCUCUGUCUAGCUAGUACUGGUACUUGUGGCCAGCGAUGUUGUCAAACACAAGCAAUGUUGCAUCAUUGCACGCGUAGAAUUUGGGGUACACUAUCUCCGGCUCCUUAUAAGAUCUCCUAGGAGACGUUCAAUUGAGUUUCCAGUCACCUGGUCCCAGCUACUCCAUAUUAGCAGGCCAUUACGAGACGACAAGCUUUCCCUCGAAUCAUCACAGCCAUGGCUGCGCUUGCUCUUGGUGACAAGCAGCCACCCGUUACCCAGAACUCGGAUUCAGGGUCCUCGCGCGCAUCAACCACUGAGGUACCACAUCAUGGCUCGUAUGAAAACCAUCCCUUCAGCGACCCUGCAACGGCGCAGCACUGGCGCGAGAAAUACGAGACAGCCCAAUACGAGGGACGCCAUCGCUUUGAUCCGAGCUACACAUGGACAGCCGAAGAGGAGAAGAGGCUGGUUCGCAAGCUGGACUGGCGAAUCACACUCUGGGCAUGGGUCAUGUUCAUCUCACUGGAUCUGAAUCGGAAGAAUAUCAAUCGUGCGAUUUCCGACAACAUGCUCAAAGACCUAGGCAUGAACACAAACGACUUCAACUACGGUCAAACUAUCUUCCUCGCUUCGUUCCUUUUCGCCGAGCUCCCCAGUGGCCUCAUUAGCAAAAAACUUGGUGCAGAUCGGUGGAUUCCGACUCUCAUCUGCGCGUGGUCAGUGGUCAGCCUGUCGCAAUGUGCCCUCAAAACCAAGACUCAAUUCUUCGCCCUCCGCUGCGUUCUAGGCUUGUUGAUGGGUGGAUUUAUUCCUGAUAUUGUCCUCUGGCUCACGUACUUUUUCAAAUCGAACGAGCUGCCCCUUCGCCUAGCGUGGUUUUGGACCGCCUUGAGUACAUGCAAUAUCGUUGGGUCUCUAUUGGCUGCCGGCAUACUGCAGAUGCGUGGUCUAAAUGGUUGGGGAGGAUGGCAGUAUCUCUUCCUGAUCGAGGGUCUCAUCACUUUGGUCAUCGGUAUUUUCUCCUUCGGACUGAUGCCGCCUGGAGCCUGUCAAACCAAGCAUUGGUUCCGAGGCAAGAACGGAUGGUUCAACGAGCAUGAAGAACACAUUCUUGUAAACCGAAUUCUUCGUGACGAUCCUUCCAAGGGGGAUAUGAAUAACAGACAAGCAGUCGGCCUACGAUUAUUAUUCAAGGCCGCGUCGGACUGGGAACAAUGGCCGCUCUACCUCAUCGGUUUGACCGCAUACAUUCCGCCCGCGCCACCUGCGAACUAUCUGUCGUACAUUCUCCGCAGACUUGGGUUUUCCGUGUUCCAGGCCAACCUCCUCGCGAUUCCGUCUCAAUUUCUCUAUGCCGUUCAGCUCCUCAUCCUGACUUGGUUGUCAGCGAAAUUCAAAGAGCGAUCCAUCAUCUCCAGCUUAUCAAACGUCUGGAUUUUCCCUUGGCUUGUCGCGCUUGUCACACUGCCCGCCUCAGCCAGCCCAUGGAUCCGCUAUGCUGUCCUCAGUGGUUUACUUUCUUACCCCUACUGCCACGCCAUCCUUGUGGGCUGGAAUGCAAAGAACUCAAACAGCGUCCGCACACGCGCUGUCUCCGCAGCUUUCUACAACAUGUUCGUACAAUCUGGCAAUAUUAUAGCCUCCAAUAUUUACCGCAACGAUGAUCAGCCGCUAUACCGUCGCGGUAACAGGAUCUUGCUAGGAAUCUGCAUAUUCAACGUCUUCUUGUUUUAUUUCGUCAAGGUCUUCUACAUUUGGCGAAACAAGGUUAGGGAUAGGCAAUGGAAUGCGAUGACCAAGGAGGAGCAGGAAGACUAUGUUAUCAGCACCAAAGACGAAGGAAUGAAGAGACUGGACUUUAGGUUCGUGCACUAAAGGUCAUAGGUCCUAGCAUAUACUUGAUUGAAUGCUGGUUGGCGUUGUACAAUUUUGGUAAUAUAGAAAGCUUGUUUCACC